AUAGAUAGCCGCAGAUUCGUAUAAAUUUGAUUAUAUUAUGAUUAUAUUCAUCGUCAUAUUAUCAAUUCACGCAGCACGAAGCCAUCCACCAAAAUCAUUACGUGGUGCUGCAGUUUAUAAUUGUCGUCAUCGAGAUCUCCAAAACAGUGAUUAUCAACCCCAAUUAGUCUGUGAAAAAUCCAAUCUUUCAAACUAGGUUACAAUUGCAGAAAUCAUCUUCUCCGAUGCAUAACUCAACCCUCCCAUCCUCUCCAAACCCUAGCCGCAGGAAAAGAAAUCGAUCAAAAUGGGGACCUACGGCACAUUCCCCAAGCCCCCCGGCGAAUCAUCACCCCUCGACUACAUCUCCCGCGCCAAAGCUCGCGGCCGAUCAGUUCUCGCGACUCGAGGGACAUGGCUCGAGAUGCUCCACUUCCGCUCCUUCUCCCUUCCGCUCAGCCGCGGCGAAACCUAUCUCCGGAUUCGAACCAACGUCAUCUAUUUCGCCAUGGACUACGGCUUCAUCGUCCUCUUCAUCGUCUUUCUGAGCAUCCUCUGGCACCCGAUCUCACUGAUCGUCUUCGUGGUCGUGAUGUUCUCCUGGCUUUUCCUCUAUUUCCUCCGGGAUGAGCCUACUUUCCUUUUGGGACUCUCUAUCUAUGACCUACAUAUUCUCAUCACCCAGUUUAUAUACUCUCUCGCGUUUCUCCUGGUCACCGGAGCUAUCAUGAAUAUUCUGAUCUCUUUGUUGAUUGGAGUGGUGGUUGUAUUGAUCCACGCUGUGUUCCGGAAGAAUGAUGACUUGUUUCUUGAUGAAGAUGAUUUGUUUCUUGAUGAGGAGGCGGCGGGUCCCGGUGGCCGGCACGCGGCCAUUGGAGAAGCAAGCGGUCCUUCACGGAGGCAUGUAGAUUUUUGGAGACCUUGAUUUCCAAGGGAGUCAACACAUCAUGGACAGAACACCGGGUUGGGCUGAAAAGAUGCCUAUCUUUAGGGCUAAAUUUGUGUAUGCCUUGUAUUGUAUGACCAUUAAGAAACAGGGAGCCUAAGAUUGUUGUAAUUUAUCAGAAUAGACGUGUGUUCACCUGACGCAUUAGCUAUUAAUGAUAUGCCUUCCCUUUGAUAUUAUUUUAUUUUCAUUAA